UAUGUUUUACAAAUAUCAUGUUGAGUAAACUAGCUAUUCUUAUUACACUUUAUCUAGUUGAAUGAAGCCAUGCAUUGUGGAAUUGCCCAUGAAGCACAUGUACGCAGAUACGAGCUAUAAGAAUACCGGGACAUCACAUGUAAAAUGGGUUUGCUUUGGAUUCCGUCGCUGACAAAGAGCAAUACUACUUGUCCACUGUGGAAGAGUUGCUAGAUAAAUAAGUUAGCUAGCUUCUAGUUCCUGCAAUAUAGCUAGCAAAAAGCUUCUCUAAGGCAAGAUGAGUGGUAAUUCUGGUAAAAAUCCUGUGCCCGUCGACACCAAUGGCAUUACUCCAUUUCAACAGAUGUUGGCUUCCUGCUCAGGGGCUCUCCUGACGUCAUUGUUUGUCACACCUCUGGAUGUUGUCAAGAUCAGACUCCAGACUCAGAAAAGUCCCUUUCCCAAAGGGAAAUGCUUUGUGUAUUGCAAUGGCCUGAUGGACCAUACCUGUGUGUGUACGAACGGCAACUCCAAGGCCUGGUACAAGGCCCCCGGCCACUUCAAUGGCACUCUGGAUGCCUUUAUUAAGAUAGUCCGCAGGGAAGGUAUCAAGUCGUUAUGGAGCGGCCUCCCUCCAACCCUUAUCAUGGCGGUCCCGGCGACAGUGAUCUACUUCACGUGUUACGACCAACUGCGUGCUGCCCUGAGGGUCAGGAUGGGGUCACACGCUGAGGAGGCACCUCUACUAGCAGGCGCCCUCGCCAGAGUGGGCUCUGUGACAGUGAUCAGUCCGUUGGAGCUGAUCCGUACUAAGAUGCAGUCCCAGAGAAGUUCGUACAGGGAGCUGAGUGAGGUUAUCCACUCUGCAGUACGCAACGAGGGUUGGCGGUCUCUCUGGAGGGGCUGGGGACCCACACUGCUUAGAGACGUGCCCUUCUCAGCCAUGUACUGGUAUAACUAUGAGAAGGGGACGGCGUGGCUGUGUAAGCACAACAACAUCAGAGAGCCAACGUUUGCCAUCACCUUCAUAUCCGGAGCGGUGUCUGGAUCAAUUGCUUCCAUAGUAACUCUUCCCUUCGACGUUGUGAAGACCAGGAGGCAGGUGGAGAUAGGGGAACUCCAGGCUAUGAAUUUGUCGUCCAAGGCCACCUCCUCUACUCUCAGUGUGAUGACCAAGAUUGUGGCUGAGAACGGCGUGGGUGGACUGUUUGUAGGUUUCAUUCCCAGGGUGAUCAAGGUGGCCCCAGCCUGUGCCAUUAUGAUCAGCUGUUAUGAGUUUGGGAAAGCCUUCUUCCGCAAGCACAACCAGGAGAGGCUGCUGACCAGCACCACCUGACCUGACUAGGGCCUCUCACACACACAAACCACCACCAUAGACAAUACCAAGAACACAAUCAGCCAUCGGCUACCUCUACCUUUCCCUGGGUCCUUAGAGAUUGUCAGGUGUAACUUCGCAUGCCUGUGUCCUCCCAGCUGCUUAGACACUCCAACACCCUGUUAAAGUGUUCAAGUGUGAUCUGUCAUGUGACUAGCUGGAAGUAGCUAAUGUUGGCGUUUAGGACCCAAGAACACCAGGACUUGAUUCUGUUCCAAAGCAGGACAUAUUGGCAGACAUGAAAACAAUAUUGAAGACAAAUAUUUGUAGGUAAUCAAUAUUAUUCAUAUUUUCUUAUAUUUCUCAAUCAAGCUAUACUGCACUUAAUCACCAUACUAAUUGUGACAAGAGAAAAUAGUAAAAGUGCACAGAUUGUAUUUGAAAUAUCAUUUUCACAACUACUUAAAAAUGAUUUGCAUAAUCUUUUUCCUGUGCACUCAUGAUGAAAUGUUAUGAAGUGCAUUUAAUUACACUGGCCUGUAGGUGUUAGACUUAUCUGUAACCAGAAACUGGGGGGGUCAUAUUGGACAAGUGUUUUAUCCCAUUACGUUAGUUAUUGAGGUAUGGGGGUUGUGUGCACUGUGCCAUCCGGGGUCUGACAGUAAUAGUAAUCAUUUGAUGGAUGCUUAUAUUUGUCCUGUUUCACACAUGUACACGUGUGUAUCAUACCCAUGUCUGAAAUGGGUAAAUGUGUGUUUUGCAUAUCCCGACACCCUCAGAGUGGGGUCAGGGACAGUAGAGAUGAGGGUCAAAGCUGUGAAUGAGGCAGGAUAACUUCUGGUUAGUAGUCUCUGUCCCGCAGAACCCCCUCUCAUUCCCUGCCGCUUUCUCUCUCAAUUCAUGACCCCAACUCUAUCACCUCAUUCUCAACCCUAUUGGAAGAGAAGGCCCAAGGUCCUUCAGGAUACAUGUUCUGUUCAGUGCCAGACUGACAGUUUAAACCUGAAAUUCAACUCUUAACUUGCACCUCUUCCAGAAUCCCAUAUUCAAUCCCCAGUCAGCCAGACAUGGACUGUGAACACCUGUACAUGUUCUCAAAACAUGUAGCAAUGAUAUAUAUUUCUAUUGUUUAAUAUAUUCUACAAUGAUCACCUGUAGUGACACGUUUUCCAACUUUGUACAGAAAUACAUAGAAUACAAGUCACAUUUUGACAUUUGAAUUGUUGAAUCAAUUGUUUAUUAGAUCAGGAAAAAUGUGUGAUUUGGUUCAAUCCAGUAGUUUGUCAUAUGAUAAUACAAUUCAUAAUUGAAUCCUGUUGAACAAAUCUAAAUCACGGAGGUUGUGGUGGCUUCCGUGGCAUCAGUGUACCACAACAACUGAUCAAGUUAAAAGGAAGAAGGGCUAGCAUGGAGAGGUGUAAUGUGCUGUUCCACUGUUACAGAAGCUUUCCCUGGUAAGAUCCUAGCAGCGUAGAGAUUACUGCCAAUGUUGAUGUAUGGAAACAAUCUCUCUGUAAAAGUGUGUGUGAACGUGUAUAUGUGUGUGUUAUUAUCAAGGUCGUAAAAGGACAGUGUAUCUCUGUUCCAGUCCAGCUGCACUCUGAUCCGAUGGGGUUUAUUUUCCAGUGUCAGGACAGUCUGUGGCCCUUUUGGACACCGUGCCCAGUAUUUAUCAUUAUAAUAGCCUACACGCCAGAGUCCAGUUUGUACCACUCCCUUCCUCUGGACAGACUUAUAGACUACACCUACAAACCAUACUGUAUUGUCCCCGACGUCUGUAUCCCAACUGUGUGUCCCAGAAUCAAAGCCCUCAGAGCCCAGGACCAUUCGAUAGUUAUCAAACCUCUCUGGGUUGUCAGGAAGCAGCUGUAUCCCAUCACUGAAUCUCAUACUGGUCAGAUCGUCAGACAGGAUGAAACAUGGAUGGGCAGUGUUGGGGUCCAGAAUCACAGGCGCUGAACAGAGAAAAACAGAUCCACUGUUUGUU